CGUGGUUUUUACCCGGCGCGUCUCGAGUUGCAGGGGUGCGAACUGGAGACACCCCGCGAUUGCUUCACGCUCGGCCCAGGAACUACAACUACAUCAUCACCCUCUGCCGUCUUUCACCACCACCACAGUUUCCCACAAAUACCACCACUGACCAACGCGAUGUUCAAGAAACCCGUAACAACCGCCCAAAAGUCGAAACUCAAAUCGUCGAUCCAGCGCUCGCUGCGACAACGGCUGCUCGACCAAUUCCCGCUGUUAAUCCCGCACAUCGACGAGAUCCUCCCGAAGAAGUCACAGCUCGACAUGAUCAAGCUGCCGGAGCGGCUCACACUCUACGCCCUGGACAGCCACGUUUUGUUCUUCCAGCACUUUGACGACCCAUUGAUCCCGCACCUGCGUGUUGUGCACGCCUAUCCGCAUGCUUUCCCGCGCAUCCAAGUGGAUCGCGGUGCGAUCCGCUUCGUGCUCGCCGGUGCCCAGCUGAUGUGCCCCGGUCUUACCAGUGCCGGUGCGAAGUUGCCAGAGAAGGAGAAUGAGAUAUUGGCGGGCGCGGUGGUGGCGAUCGGUGCGGAGGGGAAGGAGAAUGCGUGUAUGAUUGGUAUGCUCAAGAUGGGGACCGAAGAGAUUAAAAAGAUUAAUAAGGGUGUCGCUGUCGAGGCGGGUCACUACUUGGGGGAUGGGCUCUGGAAGUACGAGAUCGAGUAAUUGCUAGACAUACCAAGGAUGUGCGAUAGAAUCAAGCCGUCGAGAAGAGCGGCUUUUGAAUGU